GUCUUACCACCACCUCCACGCUACCCGACCCAAGCCGCGUACAAUGCGGCCCUUGCGGGUGGUCAUGUCGCGCCGAUGAUAGAGACCAACAAUAUUCUCUCCACCCCCUCGGGUCCUGAAUAUCAGUUCCUUGUCGGCGAGGGUCUCUAUGUCCUCAAGGAAGAUCUGCAUCUUGCCACACCACCGCCGCACCCUUCCGAAGCCCCGAUAACGAACCCGAACCCGCUUUCGACAGCACCCCAGCCCGCAACUGCCGGCACCAAGACGUCUCUCCUGAGCCUCGAUACACGAUCAGGACCGCCAGUCUUUACAAAGUCCGGGUCAACAACGAGCUUGCCAUCCUCGGGCGGUGAUCCCCGAUUUAGCUCCCAGGAGCUCAACGAGAGCGGGAACGAGAACUCGACUGACGCGGGGAUCAGCAGCGAUGGUCGUGGCAACUCUAUUGAGCUUGCCCAGUCGGCCCCAGCAUUUGGGCAAGGAAACAGUUUGUUAGCAAAGCCUCCGACCAAAAGCGGACGGCGAAGACAACCGGGCAACAACAUCACCAAGAGCAACUCGUCAUUCAUAUCACGCGUCAUCGUUCACGAGACGCUCACCAAGAGAUUGCAGGAGCGGGCUUCGGACGGUCUCUUUGCAUUUGCCAACAUAAACAGGGCAUUCCAAUGGCUGGAUCUUUCAUCGCCGAACAAGGCCGACUACUUGACCAAAAUCUUGUUCACAAAGGCCCAUUGCCUAUGUCAUGACGUGAACAAGGUCACCAGGAGCACAUCCCAUAUAGAUGUCAUCAUGGGCUUCUCUACUGGAGAGGUUAUUUGGUGGGAGCCAAUAUCUCAAAGAUACCUGAGACUUAACAAAAACGGCAUCACAAACAAAACCCCCAUAUCCGAAAUUCGUUGGAUCCCGGGCUCAGAGAAUCUUUUUAUGGCGGCUCACAUGGACGGCACUCUCGUCGUUUAUGACAAAGAAAAGGAAGAUGCGGCCUUCUCGGUCGAGGACGAGGAGACCAUUAAUGGCAAGGAGAAUGGCGACUCGGGGGCGGCUGCGAGAGCUUCAGGCGAGGCCAAGCCCCGAGUUAACUUCAACUUCAGGGCACAAUUGCAGGUCGUCAAAUCGGUCACUUCCAAGAACCAGAAGACGAAUCCCGUUUCUAUUUGGAAGCUAAGCAACCAACGCAUCAACGCUUUUGCCUUUUCACCUGACAACCGUCACCUGGCUGUUGUGCAAGAAAAUGGCGAGCUCAGGAUUAUUGAUUAUCUGCAAGAGAAACUCCUCAACAUAUUUCGUUCGUAUUACGGCGGCCUCAUCAGCGUCUGCUGGUCUCCCGAUGGCAAAUAUGUCCUCACUGGCGGCCAGGAUGACCUGGUAUCUAUUUGGUACCCAGCCGAGGCAUUGCUCGUUGCCCGAUGCCAAGGUCACAAAUCUUGGGUGACGUCGGUAGCCUUUGAUCCCUGGAGAUGCGACGACAAGAAUUACAGAUUCGGCAGCGUCGCCGAGGAUUGUCGACUUUGUCUAUGGGAUUUCAACGUCGGGAUGCUGCAUCGGCCCAAAGCUACGCCAUCGAUCCAUCAGCCGCCUUUGCACCGUGCCGAAACCCAAAACACGUCAUCAACAAGGGUUCGCUCUGAAUCUACUGCAUCUAGCCAAGGAGCUGAGCUGUCCCUGCUGCAGUCUGUUCAACCUCAGGCGGCAACAGCGCAACUACCACCUGUCUGCUCGAUCAAGAUCGAUAAAGAUCCACUGUGCUGGCUCGAGUUCUCAGAGGACGCGAUAAUGACUAGCUGUAAGAGUGCUAAUAACUUUGGACGUCGUCAAGGUCACAUUCGAACAUGGAGCCGCCCAACAGAUGCAGUCGCCCAGGUCGCGGAUAAUUCGGAGAGUUUAUCAACAUGA